AUUAUUUGCUAACAGCACCCCUUUCUAUAUUUUAAUCGGCUAUUAUUGAUAUUUACCACCAAAGAGGAGUAGGGUAAGACCAAUCAAAAAACAUAAGGUGAAGAAGAAAUGAGUGUAAUGGCUAAUAGGUAUCUACGGUAAGCAGUUAAAAUAUGAAAAUGGGUGCUGUUAGUAAAUAAUAUACAAAAAUUGAAUUAUUAGAAAUAAUUAAUAGUAGGAAUUAUUCACAGAAGAUGAACAAUAAGGGAGAUUAUUGUGAAUAAUAUUUAAGAAAAUGAAACAAGUUAAGGUAACUUGCUUAUCAAAACGUCAUCUUUGGAAGCAAUCAUUAUAUAGAAUAACUCUAAUUUUGUCCAUUUCCCGCGAUUCCUUCACUGAACCAAUGAACCCCAAAUCAUCUCGUAAGACUAAACAAACUCAUCAUAACCACUUUAAACGACAUCGUUUUCAAGCUUUUGUUCCACGACAAUGGCAGCAAAAACGCAGAAACAAAGAGACUUCUUGAACCAUCUAGAAGCUUACCUCGCAAAACGCGAUGGAGUCGACAAACUCCUCAAAAUAUCUCGUUACACUUCCAAACUCAUCCUCUCUUCCUCCAUCCUCCCCCACGCGCAUCCACUCACGCGCGGCCUUAAAUCAUUCGAAUCAAGUGUUGGUUUAAGCCGAAAGGCCUUCCGUCUCGGAAAAUUCAUCCAAGACGUCAACGCUCUACGCUCGUCAGCACAAGAACAAAAUCGCGAUAAUCAUUUCUACUUUCUCUCUCUACUCGCGUAUGGCGGUGAGGGAAUCUACUAUUUUGUUGAGCAGAUUGUUUGGCUAUCGAAGUCAGGGCUUUUAAAACCUAGCCUGGCGCGCGAGGUACAGAAGAUUAGUGCUUGGGCGGAGUUGAUUGGGUAUGUUGGAAGUAUUGCGUUGAAAAGGGAGGAUUUAAAGGAAUUGGAUGAGAAAUUGAAGUGUUUGAGUUCGAGUAUUGAGAUUUCGGAAGCUAGAGAAGAGAGUUCUGAUGAAGUGAGAGAAAAAGAGAAGGUUUUGAAGAUGAAGAUUUUGAUGAAGAAAUUGUCGAUUUUGCAGGAUUUUGCUGAUGGAUUGAUGGCUUUAGCGGAUAUUCGUGAUGGUAAAGGGAUGAUUUUUAGUCCUUUUGUUAUUUCUUCUGCUGGUUUAUUGUCUGCGCUUAUUAGUACUCACAAAAACUGGAUUUCUUGUUGAGGUUCUUUUUUUGAGAUGUAAUUUGAUAUUUUUGUUUAAUUCAUAGCAAAAUUUGUGAAAUCUUGGAGGAUAUUUGUUAUUGAUGAUGUUUGUAUCUCUGUAAUAAUGGUUACCAUUUAUGAAUAAUGAAAAUGAUUUGAUUAUAUGAAUGAUUUGUAUA